AUGUGUGAAGAGUUCAAUGGAAAAUUCUAUCCCGAUAAUCGUACAACAGUCUAUUCAAACAUCAUGAUUGCAAGAGGAUCGGAGAAAACAACAGAAUCGCCUCCGGACAUCAAAGAAUAUUUGGUGGAUUCAUAUUUUCCAACGUCGGGUACUUGUGCAGGAGGCCAGGAUAUUAUGAUCUAUUUGGGAUCACCAAUCGUUGAUGAAAACAAUUUUGUGCUUUAUUUUCUAACUCCGGAUGGUUUUUGGAUGCCGAUACAAACUAAUAUCAAAGAUAAAAAACUUAUCAUAUUCAAAUCACCGCAGUAUGCAUCUAUCUCCUCUCCAAAAUCAGUUGACAUUCUGUUAACAGAAAAUGGAAAUGUUGUCAAAACAUUAACAUACACCUUUAAUCCCCUAUGUUACGUAUGUCAAAGUUUCUAUGCUGAACCAUCAGUGCUCCCAAACUUCGAUCACAUAGACGGUGUCGGUGAACGAAAGGUACCAGAACAUGCUCAAGUAUGUGUAAAGUAUAGUUUAUGGAAGAUUUUUAGUUGACGUUUCCUAUUUCCUACAGGAGAAGUUUUUUCUAGUCCAACAUUGAAUCCCUAGAGAUCAAAUCUUAUAUAGGAUAUAGGAUAUUUUGUAAGUCAACUGCUUUGAAUGUAUAUAAGGUUCUGAUUCUUAUAAGCAAUGCAAGGUGAAGAUUUCAGUCAGUUAUAACCAAUUCGAAGUUUGACACUAAAGGAUAUAAUACAAUUUCAUCACAUUUUUUAGUAAUCAAUCACUACCCUAUAUUCUACUUUCUUUUUCAUACUGAAUAAAAUAAUUUUCUUCCUAUUUUUUUUUCUAUAAUAAGAUCUUACCCUAAAAAAAAAAUUCCUGUGCGGCACUGGUAAAAAUCAGUGCGCACCGGUGCGCAUGGCAUGCCAUCGGUCACUG